AUGUUGGAUCGGUUCGAGGACAUCGGCUGCGCCGCCGAGGGAACAUGCCUGUGGCUGCUUCAACACAAAUCGUACAGGAGAUGGACCGAUUGCGACCGAGGCCUGCUCUGGAUCAAGGGGAAGCCUGGAUCCGGGAAAUCGACAUUGCUACGGUAUGCCUACGACAAGAUGAAGUCCAACAUCAGAAAGGAAGACCUAAUUCUCAAUUUCUUCUUUCACGGUCGCGGCGCUGACCUUCAAAAAACUCCGCUCGGCCUCAUCCGGUCGCUCCUUCACCAGGUCCUUGAACAGGUUCCUGGCGCGCUGCAGGAUCUUGUCGCCAAACAUAAACAACGGUGCGACAGUGUUGGUAAAGAGGGCGAUAAAUGGCAUUGGCAUGCCAAUGAGCUCCAACGGUUCUUUCGGUCGUCGCUUCCAACGGUCUUGAAGAGCCACCAUGUAUGGCUAUUUGUCGACGCGCUGGACGAAUGUGGCGAAGAAGGUGCGGUCGACCUAGUCCAGGAGUUCGAGUCCUUGCUUCAAGGGCUCCCCACUGGUUUACAGUUUCACAUCUGCUUCACUUGUCGUCACUAUCCCAUUCUGGCUCUGAAUUGCGAACUCAAAAUAUGCGUCGAGGAUCGAAACAAAAGUGAUAUUUCUACAUACGUUGAGGCCCGGCUUGCCAAAUUUGAUGCCCCAACGCGAUCUGCGAUUUCAAACCUAGUAACGACUCGCGCCUCUGGUAUUUUCAUGUGGGCACAUCUCGUGGUAAAACGCGUAUUGAAGCUUGAGCGGGAAGGGGAAGGGUUCAAGAGGAUCGAAGAAGCAGUCUAUGCCAUACCUCAAGGCCUGGACGAGCUAUACAGGAACCUUGUUGGAAGCAUGAACGACAGACUGGCGUCCCUGAAAUUAAUCCAAUGGAUCUGCUUUGCCACGCGGCCGCUAUCACUGGACGAAUUGCGAUGGGCCAUGGCCGCCGACGCUGAUUGUCCGCAUAAGUCAUUACAUCAAUGUCAAAGUGCGGCAGAUUACGCAAAAGACAGUGGCAUGAUGGAGAGGAAGGUGAAAACGCUCAGCUGCGGUCUUGCCGAGGUUGUAGAGUCAUCAAACGCACAGGUGGUGCAGUUUAUCCACCAGUCGGUUAAGGACUUUUUCGUCGACAAAGGCCUAUCAGCUCUGGAUGGCAACUUACGUACGAUUGAGACCGAAACCGGAGUCGCACACUAUCGGAUGUCCAGGACCUGCAUUCGGUACUUGGCAAUGGAGGAAGUUGCUCAGUCAAUAGCCAGCAAUCACCACCUGGAGGCAGAAUUUCCUCUACUGCGCUAUGCCACGAUGUCAUGGAUAGCACACGCGAAACACAGCGAGGCAAAGGUCUCGCAAGAAAAUCUUCUAGACGACUUCCACUGGCCGUUAGAAGACGUUGUGCGAACAUGGAAUGUUCAUAGGCGAACUCCACUGUUGUACGCCGCAGAGAGAGGCCACGAGACUGUCGUACAAGAGCUGCUGCUGAAGAAGGCUGACGUCAAUGUCCAGGACAUAAUUGGAGCCACGGCAUUGCACUGGGCGGCCCCCAGAGGACACAAGACGAUCUGGGGGUACGCCAUUAGCCUGGGCAAUUGA